AUGAACCCAGUGGUGGAGCCACUGUCCUGGAUGCUGGGCACCUGGCUGUCUGACCCUCUGGGAGCUGGGACCUACCCGACCCUGCAGCCCUUCGAGUACCUGGAGGAGGUGCACAUCUCCCACAUGGGCCAACCCAUGCUCAACUUCUCGUUCAACUCCUUCCACCCAGACACACUCAGACCCCUGCACAGAGAGUGUGGCUUCAUCCACCUCAAGCCUGACACCAACAAGGUGGCCUUCGUCAGCGCCCAGAACACAGGAAUUGUGGAGGUGGAGGAGGGUGAGGUGAACAGGCAGGAACUGUGCAUCACGUCCCACUCCAUCGCCAGGAUCUCCUUCAACAAGGAGCCCCAUGUGGAGCAGAAGCCCAGCUUGACCUUAACUUUGACCUUGGGUGGCCUUUCUCUUGACUUCAACCAAGUGCUGGACCUGUUCUUGGCCUUGGCAGCCACCUUUGUGGCGGAAGAAAACUGA